AGUAUUCUCACAUAGGUGUUCCUUUUGUCCAGAUGGGAAAGGGCAGGGUGGAGUGUGAUUGAGAUUCCAUCAUCUGUGUAUCUGUUGGGGCAGAAUGUGAAUUGGAGUUGGUCUAGGGUGUCCGGGAUGAUGCUGUUGAUGGCUACUGAAAUGAGUGCUACAGGGAGGUAAUUAUUUAGGCAGGUUACCUUUGCUUCCUUGGGCACAGGGACUACAGCAGUCUGCUUGAAACAUGUAGGUAUUAAAGACUCUGUCAGGGAGAGGUUGAAAAUGGCAGUGAGGACCCUUGCCAGUUGGUCCGUGUAUGCUUUGAGUAACGUCCUGGUAAUCCGUCUGGCCCCGUGGCUUUGAAUGUUGACCUGUUUAAUUAAAGGUCUUGCUCAAAUCGUCUACCGAGAGAGUUAUCACACAGUCGUCCGGAACAGCUGGUGCUCUCAUGCAUGCUUCAGUGAAAGGUAUUUCGCUCGUCUGGUAAGCUCGCUUCACUGGGAAGCUCGCGUCUGGGUUUGUAGUCCGUAAUAGUUUUCAAGCCCUGCCACAUCAGACGAGCAUCAAAGUCAUGUAGUAUGAUUCAUUCUUAAUCCUGUAUUGACACUUUGCCUGUUUGAUGGUUUGUCUGAGGGUGUAGAUGGAUUUCUUAAAGCAUCUGGGUUAGUGUCCCAGCUGUUAUUGACAAAUAGACACACACCCCACCUCUCGUCUUACCAGACAGCUUCUUUGUACUGCUGAUGCAUGGAAAAUCCCACAAGCUCUAUAUUAUCAGUGUCGUCGUUCAGCUACGACUCUGUGAAACAUAAGAUAUUGCAGUUUUUAAUGUUCCUUUGGUAGGAUACUCUUGAACGUAGAUCAUCCUAUUUGUUUUCCAAUGAUUGCACGCUGGCCAAUAGAACGGAUGGCAGUGGAGGUUUACUUACUCGCUUACAAAUUCUCAGAAGGCAGCCCAACCUUUUUCUCCAUCUUUUCUUCACGCAAAUGAUGGGGAUUUGUGCCCGUUCCCGAGAAAGCAGUAUAUCCUUCGCAUCGGACUCCUUAAAGGAAAAUUCUUUGUCCAGUUCGAGGCUGUUGGUACCCGAGUCUGGGAUGUUCAUGUACAGCGACACCAAGACGCUGGCCUGGUUCCCUGCAAAGCCUAGAGUGGAGAAGAAGCGUUAUUUCCUGUUUGGGGUUCUCUGUGGGAUGGCCCUGUACAACAACAACAUGGUGCACUUCCCCUUCACCAUGGCAUUCUUCAAGAAGCUGGUGAACAUCAAGGCCUCUUUAGAGGACUUGAGAGAGUUUAGCCCCAUUGAAGCAGGGACUUUGCAGUACAUCUUGGAUUAUCCUGAUGAUGAUGUCGAAAAUAUGGACAUGACUUUCUCAGUGAUGUGGGGUGACAUAGCGGUGGACCUCGUCACAAGUGCUAACAAGCAAGAUUAUAGCAAUAUUUACAACUGACAAAAUACAAGGUUCACAGUAUGACACAUUUUUCCAUUGCUACAGCUACCAGGGUUGGGGUCAAUUCCAUUUUAGCAAAAAUAAUCUCAACCUGAAAUGUAAUUGUAUGAAUGGAAAAACCAUAAUUGAAAGUAAAUAGGUCUUUUCAUUCCUUGAAUUGACACCAACUGGAAUUGACACCAACCUAUAUUAGCUACAACUCAAUGGAUCGCUGACUCGGUCUGUCAUUCUUUUGACAGGAAGGAGUUUGUUGACACCUAUGUGAACUACAUCUUCAACCAGUCAAUAGAGGUGUUUGAAGAGUUCAGGAAAGGCUUCUUCAAAGUGUGUGACAUGGACGUGGUGGAGUUCUACCAGCCAGAGGAACUGAGGGGAGUGAUGGUGGGGAAGGAGAACGUCGACUGGGAAACGCUGAAACAUGACUGAAGCUCAGUCCCAACUCUGCCCCUAGCCAAUUGUCUUCAUCUGAGAGCAUUAGACAAGUAAAAACACAUAAGACAUGGUGAAAAUGUCACCUAGCCUGUCAGAGGGCAAGAUGGAGCCUAAAAAAACAAGUGUCCUUGGGGUUGAUUUGAGAUUCAUGGUGAACAUGUUUUCUGUAACACGUUCUGCAACCUGGCUAAUACAUUGUUUUCAAUACAUUGAUUUGACAAAUGGUUUGAAUUGUGUCAAGUGUCUAUUGCUUCACCAUAUUAUGGGCAUCCCAACAUCAUCACAUUCUGGGAGGUGUUUGAGGAACUGACAGGGGAUUAAAAGAAAGCUUUCAUGUGUAAGUGUGCAACAUUUUCAUGAUAACAGAUGAACACAUAAGUAGGCUACUGAGAAUUUAAGUUAUAUUAUGUCAUUUACUGCCCUCCCCUCUUUUACCACCUGUGAUCGUGUGCCCAUCCUGGGUAUGAACCAGACCAGGAAGAGGGUCCAAACCCUUCUGAACUCCUCCCAAAAAGCAUUUCCCAGAGGCACUGACCUGUCACUCUCUGUUGCAGCUUCCCAUAUACCCCUUCAAAGAGACACUACAGAGCCAGCUUAUAGAGCCACAACAGAGGCUUCUGGAAUGAAUAAGGGUGUAUAAUGUUGCUGCUCUGUUUUACACACCUCUCCUGUGUUCAUCUUUUCAUUGUUCCAUAGUUUGGUUUGAGAUUUGGAUUGUUUUAAUGUAGGGUUGCAUUUCAAAUCUUAACUUCAUCUGUGCGGCACUGUGCCAUUUGUGUGUAAUCAUAUAGCAUUCACAUUUGAUUAAAAAACAUU